AUUUGACAACACGAAAGCGAGAAAAAAUAAAGAACGAAAAAUCGAAAACAUUAUCAUUUUCCUGCGUGAAACUUGAUAUUUUCGUGAUUUUUAUCUUCUACGUAAGCAUUCAUUGCUUAUAAUUACCUGUGCUUAAUGCGUUAACCGGUGGUACGUAAUAGAAAGUUCCAUCAAGUGGUGACUGUGCAAGAUUGUGUGCUCCAUUGCACGUUCGUUCAUGUAAACUGCACAAAAGUACAGAUUGCUCCCCACACACAAAACGGAACACUAGCGAUCAACGCAAGGCUAGCCUUCCCCAUGGCCACUGUACGAAUGUCACAGCCGGGCACUCCGGCCACCACCCAGCCAAACUACAUGAAAGUAUUCAUCCAGCGGGAUUACAGUGAAGGCACUUCGGUAAAGUUCCAGAACCGCUUUCCCCCCGAGCUGGAGAGUAGGAUCGAUAGACAUACCUUCGAGAGCACCAUGAACAAACUGAACGAGUAUUUUGCAGAGGCAGAGAAAGGUUCUUGCAGCACAUAUUGUGAAGGUUGUCUGGCCUGUAUUACAGCUUACUUGAUUUACAUAUGCACGGAAACACACUACGAAAAGUGUCUCCGGAAGGUAUCGAAGUACAUCGCGAUGCAAAAUGAACGGGUAUACAAUCCAAAAGGGCUGCAAAUCACGGACCCGGUGUAUCGUGGGCUGCGUGUAAUAGAAAUAUCCAUACUCGAUCGACCUGGGCGCACGUGACUGCCGCUGUCCCAUUCAACGGAGGAAUUCUUCAUGUAGGAAGGUGUCGCCCGUGCGCAGCCAAACGUGUCCUCCGGCGAAUAGGCGGAAUGAAGGGGAAAACGCAGCAUUAGCGUGCGGCAAUCGUAUGGAAACAUAAAGCUAAGAACAAAACUUCCAAUCGACGAUCGAGUAUCGGGGGUAGGGACGUAAAUCGCAAAACAAAUUGCAUUACUCCCAAUCCCACUCGAGACAGGACCGACGGACAGCUGGACGCACGGACGUGUACACAUACUCACUUUACAUCAGACACGACUUCUUCAUACACCCCAUAGCGACAGAUUAUUCCUGUAGAAAACGUCUACGAACGAGACAACGAUACGCUCGGAAGAGAUUUCCUCUGCCGCAGCGUCAGCGGGACGAUACGUCAUGUUGAAUAUGUUUAAAGUAGCCAACCUUUUUACCUAAGCCCCUGAUGUCAUCGCGGUUCCCCACUUUCCAAAACACAACAAACAGUUCAGUCGGUAGGUUACCUUUGGUCAGCGGUAACCGGUUGCAUUACAACCUCAUACCGAAACUGGAACGUUAAUCAAGAUCGACUGAUCGUGUUGCAGGGCAUUAAAAGUGCAGCCGGAGCAUAAGAGAGAUAGAGAGAGUGAGAAGAUUCGCAGGCGCAAAUCAGAUAUCAUCACAUGAAUUCCAUUACUUAUACAAGCCCCUCUUAACUUAUACUGUAAGGUAAAACAAAGCAAAACAAAACAAAAAAACAACGUAAAGUGAACAGUGGGAAAAGAUGUACAUGGUGACAACAGUGCUCUCUCCCUUUGCCACGCCUUUGGAACACUCCACAGGGCACCACGUCAACCAACAUUGGCCUGCGAGUAGUCCAGGCACUAAAGAUAACGAAUGGCAGCAGUUGAAUCAGCUAGUGUACUGACAAACGAUUCUUUAACAACACAAAAAACACACACACACACACACGUUGUAUUUCGUUCCGUUUAGGGAUUAACCCGUUUCUUGAACUGUAUUGCAUCGCACCCGAUGCGCUGACGGUGGUGAAGGUAGAACGGUGAGUGAAUGAGCGAGUGCAAAGUUAAUAGUGGAAUGCAUUUGUGCAAGAGGUAAUAAUAAAUGAGACGAAAAAGAUGGUUCUAUAUUUA